CGGACGGCGGUUUAUUGCCGCUUUGAGGUAUUCAGCACCAGCCGGUCAGCCACGGACUCUCUCCAAAUCGGACCCCGAACCAGCUUAUGUGAGGCGCUCUGCAACGGCUCUCUAAGCAAGACCGAUGCGGUUGUUUAAAUAGAAAGGCAACGGCCGUAACGGUUUGAUUCAGAGUCAGCCUCACCUUCCAAGCAUUGUCCCAGUGGUUUUGUGUAGAUAGCAUCCAGACUUACAAAGAGCCUCUUCCCCAAAUCCACCGUCCAUCUCGACCCCGACUUGCUACCUUCCAACAUCUGAUCUCGCUAGGCAACACACCAAGUCAAAAAAAAAAGAUGAGAAUUCUAGGUCUCCAUGGUCAAGGGACAAGUGCCUACAUCUUCAAAUCUCAAACAGUUGCUUUGAGAGCAAAGCUCCCAAAAAGCUACGAAUUCGACUUUGUUGAUGCCCCAUUUCAUUGUGCCCCAGCACCAGGUAUCAAGGUUUUGUUCGACUCCAGUCAUUACACUUGGUGGCCAAAAGCAACCAUCAACGGCAUCAAAGGUGCGCACAAGUGGUUGAUUGACUACAUCGAGGAAAACGGACCGUACGACGCCGUGAUUUGCUUUUCCCAGGGCUGCUCCUUAGUUAGCAGCUUCCUUAUCUACCACAACCUCGAAACACCCGAGGAACCUCUACCAUUCAAAGCAGCCAUCUUCAUCUGCGGCGGUCUCCCUCUCGGUGUCCUCGAAGAUCUCAACUUGCCCAUCACAGAAAAGGCUCAUGCUGUCAACGAUGCCACGGGUGCGCUGCUCAAGAAAAAGGCCGGCGCAUUGAUUGAUCUGGCGAAGAAUCUCGACAAAAUCAAGCCGGGCAUGGGACUGUGGGACGACGUCAACGGGUUGCUUCACGACCCGUCAAAGAUGCCAGACGAGACAGAUGUGUUUGGGAUUGACUUUACCGCCAUGCCAAAGGAAGCCAUGAUCAAGAUUCCAACAAUUCACAUCUACGGUGCUAAGGACCCAAGGUGGCCAUCGAGUGUUCAGUUGGCGUACUUUUGCGAGAACAAGAAGGAGUACGAUCACGGGGGUGGACAUGAUAUCCCUCGGUCGACGGAUGUUUCCAUCAAGAUUGCGAAGAUGUUGGAGGAUUUGAGGGAGGAGAUUGGAGCAUAA